GCAGGUUGGGCUCCCAGGGGUCUGGACAGCUUGGGGGGCAGCUGCCAAAAGUGGUGUCAACCCAGGGCACAUCUCUGCCUGGGCCAGAGGCAAAGCCGCAGCUGAGGCCAGAGCAUCAGGACUACAUUUCCCAGAGUCCCUCAGAGCCCAGGGGCAGCCAUUGGCAGAUUUAAAUAGCCCAGGCCCAGGCAGCCCAGAGGAGGCCCUGGACUCCUCCACCUCCCUGUGGGUGCACUGGCGCCGGCCUGUAUGGGUGGGCUCCAUUGGCUGCCCAGCUGCCACUGACGUCCGCGAGGAGCCGGGUGACAGCCGGAGGUAAACAGCCAUGUGCAGUCCUCUUGUCUAUAUUUAACAGCUGCCGCAGGGAAGACAGGGAGGCGGGCGACGGUGGCAGCUUGGGCGGCCCUUGUCUUGCAGGACAAGGCCCUCGGAGCCAGGCUGGCACUGGCUUUCUCGGGGUGAUCGAGCAGGGAGGGACAGCAUGCCAGCUUCCCAGAGCCGGGCCCGUGCCCGGGACCGCAACAAUGUCCUUAACCGGGCCGAGUUCCUGUCAUUGAGCCAACCCCCCAAGGGGACCCCGGAGCCCCGCAGCUCAGCCAGGAAGGCCUCCGGGCCCUCGGCACAGCCCCCUCCCGCCAGCGAGGGGCCCCGCGAGCGCCGCCAGUCCCAGCAGCUGCCCGAGGAGGACUGCAUGCAGCUGAACCCCUCAUUCAAGGGCAUUGCCUUCAACUCCCUGCUGGCCAUUGACAUCUGCAUGUCCAAGCGGCUGGGUGUGUGCGCCGGCCGCGCCGCGUCCUGGGCCAGCGCCCGCUCCAUGGUCAAGCUCAUCGGCAUCACGGGCCACGGCGUGCCCUGGAUCGGGGGCACCAUCCUCUGUCUGGUGAAGAGCAGCACGCUGGCCGGCCAGGAGGUGCUCAUGAACUUGCUCUUGGCCCUGCUCCUGGACAUCAUGACGGUGGCGGGCGUGCAGAAGCUCAUCAAGCGCCGGGGGCCCUACGAGACGAGCCCGAGCCUGCUGGACUACCUCACCAUGGACCUGUACGCGUUCCCCGCCGGGCACGCCAGCCGCGCGGCCAUGGUGUCCAAGUUCUUCCUCAGCCACCUGGUGCUGGCGGUGCCGCUGCGCGUCCUGCUGGUGCUCUGGGCGCUGUGCGUGGGGCUGUCUCGGGUCAUGAUCGGCCGCCACCACAUCACCGACGUCCUCUCAGGCUUCGCCAUCGGCUACCUCCAGUUCCGCCUGGUGGAGCUGGUCUGGAUGUCCUCCAACACCUGCCAGAUGCUCAUCUCUGCCUGGUGAGGCGCUGGCAGCCGCCCGCCCCGGCGGCCCCUGAGGGGGCGGCAGCAGCCUCGGUGGGGCCGGGGCCGGGCGACCCCAGGCUUGGAGCCUGCCAGCUCAACUUCUCCAACGUGGCUGGAGGCCAGUGACUCAGGCAGCCCCAGGAGCGGGCACGGCUGCCAGUGCCCAGCCCCCGCCCCUCUGCUCAGACUCCAGGUCUCCUCUGAGGGGCCAGGGCCCACCGUGUCUCGGCUUCCACCUGGGGACGGCCAGUGAGGCCGAGACGGUGGCGGGAGGGGCUGGGUCUUGUCGCACUGUGGUGGCGGUUGGUCGUGGCCGUUGAGAUCCUGGCCGUCCUCACCUCGAUGCCCGUGGGCACCAAGGCCAUGGCUGGCCCUUAAGGGCUUAGGGCAGCAGGGUUUCCCACAGGUGCCCCCAGUACCAGGGGUUGUGUGGUCCAGCCCCUCUGGGCGCAGCUGCAGACUCUGCUGGCGCCCGAGCUCGUGUAGCCCGAGCUUCCUGAACAUACUGACUACAGGCGCCUUCCCCCGAGGAACCGCUGCCCAGGGCCCAGGGCCCCAACUCUGCGUGCCCUGAGGGGUCAGCCUUGUGCAGACGCGCACCUCGUGUGACAAUACAGAGGCCGCCAGGCGAA